CUUUGUUUUCUCAUACUUGUGAUGAACGUAAAACAACACAGCUUGUAGUUCAGCUGUUCUUUUCAUUCUCUGCACAAAGCUCUUCUCGCCAUGACGAGAUAAAAGCACCUGUAUAUCUGAUAUUAUCAGCACAAAAGAAAAAUGGACGUCACCUUUCGCGCGAUCCUGUCGUUCCCCGCGGGCACCGGCGAAGCGCGGGAACAGCUAGAGAAGGUCAAGCGACUCGCGUACCCAAGAAAAAAAGAUUGUAGGAGGUGUAACUUUUUUGGCUGAUCAGCAAUACAAAUCUGUUUGGCAUGACAGCAGAAACCUGUCAUGCGCAGAUAGCACGUCAAAACGCGCUUCCUGAAUGGACCCUGCAAUGCACCAUGUCCAGCAUGACAGACGCAAUCCUCUUACGUGUUGCGCACUACACACUUACACUAGCAAUGUUUUUUUCCUGCAUAUCGCGAAUCAGCGCUUUAUCGCGGAGGACGAUGGGAAGAUGAUGCUGUCCCUGCUGGAAUCCCUGGCCUUCGAGCACAAUUACGCGGGCGGACUGUUUAUCAUGGGAGAACUUUUUCGCAACGGCGAUUUCUCGCCCGGAGUGGAAGUGGAUGUGGAAAAAGUACAUGUGUUUUUCUUUGGUGUACGUACAACAGCGAUAUUUUCUGAUACAACACCUGGCAAAUAUUCUCUUUUUCUCUUUAGAAGUGCAAACAACACACAAAAACACGAUCUCACAGGCCAUCGCAUACUACAUCCUGACCCUGGCACACCCCCUGAUCCGCAAAGUCGUUGCGGAAGCGAUGUUGCAAGAAAUCGGGGCGUUCCUGUUGCAGAAUUACAAGAUAUGCGAGUCGAAAAUUUGAUUAUUGAUUAACGAUCGUACGUGACACGUACAAAAUGCAUGACGAGCCUCUGGAGCCACGCUUAUUGGUAUUCGAGGCUGUUCCUCUCUCUGCGUUUUUGUAAUGCUGAACAAGAUACGCAUACGCAUACGACAAUCAUUAUGGGACUGUCAGGAUCGAAAUCGACAAAAUCGAAAUAAUCUGUAAUGCAUAAAAAUGCUACGCAAAAAGCGACUCUAUUGCAGAGGAUGCAAGGAAGGCGGAUUGUAGUCCUGGUAAGGGUUAAGUGUUGGGCUGCUGACUAGCAUGACAGAAGGCAGCUCUUUUGCCCUAAACCGCAUAACAGAUUCGCUUCCAGGACGAGGAGAAUUUGUCAUGCGCCGACUACAAACUGUGGGUCUAACUGGCAUCGAUUUUGUGCAUCACAAGUUUUUCGAUUUUGUCCAUUUCGAUUCUGACACUUCCAUAAUCAUAGACUACUGUGGUCAUAGAUCAGGGCUCUAUCCCAUCGUGUAGUACUACGGUUGUAAAUACUAGAUUUUUUUUUGCUGUCGACACUUCACCCUGCAGGAAAAGUACGCGAAGGAGGUCGGGGUCAUGAUUGAGCGGGACGUUCUGUCUGCGGAGGUGCUGCGGUUUUUGCAGUAUGCGCUGGAAAAGAAAGAGGAGGAAACAGUGGAAGGACGUGAAAAUGGAUUGAGCUUUCACAAAGAAAAUGACGGCUCACCUUCGUCCCUCCUUCUCCUCCCGGCGGAGGACGCAGCAAACACUAGCGCUGCUUCCGGGAAUAUCGCAGGAAAAAAGUGUUACAGUUACGCAUUUGUUGCAAUUUCAGCAUCACAAAGUUGCUCUGCAUGGCGAAGAAAUAAACUUGUAAUGCGCAGACUAUAAGGGAAAACACAAAUGAAAUGAGGCUGGCAGGCAUUUCCUGCAUGACAGAGGUUGUCUGUCUUGCUUGUAUUCCAUCAGCGUGUGUAACUGUAACACUUUUUUCUCAGGAUAGGGAAAUCCAAGAAGCAGCAGGACGAAGAAGCACGGAAACUAGAGUAUAACCUGCUCAGGUAUUUACAAUCUCAAACGUUACAAUAGAGUCUGCAACUUGUGUUGCAAUAAGUGCAUUAUCUAGCGGCCAACUCUAAUAGAAUUGCGCAUGACAAGUUCCGGAGUCCGAAGCCGCGCUACAAUCUUGCGAAAUUUGUGUUGCAGAAAGUGGAAUGGUGUCCGAGUCUGUCAUGCUCGUCACGCAAUACAUAACCCAGACUCUAUUGUAACAGUUGAGAUUGUAACGUUUGAGCAGGUCAUAUAGAGGCGGCCAAGCUGGACAAGGCGCAAGGGCUGAAAGAACAGGCAAAUGUAUCUCAAGGGAACUACAAGUAGGAAGGCUCCUUGGCCAGCACAUGAUGUGUACCAUCAAUAUCCUCGAAUUAUGCGUGUUCCCUAGCACAGUCACACAGCUGCACCUCCAAAAGCGCUUCUGUUUAUACACAGCAUCUUCUCAAAACUUUGUAAAAACAAGUUGUGGUUGUAUGUGCGCAGACAGUCAGAUGUCUGAAAGUCUGCUGAACUACUACGCUGAUGGUACAUUCUCGUCGAGUUACACCAGGAGCAAGAGCAUUUUUUCCAUCGCAUAACACGACCUGUAUCGCUUGGGCAUUGUCCCGGGAAACGCGAACGGAAAGAAGCAGCUCCUCGAAGCUGCGAAAAUCUUAUGAGAGAGAGUGCACAACCCCCCUCGCCCUCAUUUGUUAUGCAAAACGCCAAAUCCAAGCGCUUGCCUGUGGCACUGUUUGCAUCACAGAUUCCGGAAGCCCAAACAGUUGUACUACACUAGGCGCAUAAGUCUGUCAUGCACAGGCUCCACGUGUGGUGGUGUUUGUAUUGCUGUUCAUGCAAUACAAAUGAGGGGGAGGGGGAGUUGUGCACUGUCAUAAACCUACGAGGAAGCCUUUGAAGUCGUAGACCGAGCAGAUUUAUUAAUUGCAAAAGUAUCGUACUAGUGGGUACGUAGUAAUUGCAAUGCAAAUUUGCUCAGCAUGACAAGUGGAAUUUGUCAUGCUCAUUUGCCUUGGAAACCAGAUUUGUAAUGCAUGACUGCGAUUUCUACGAGUGCGAUGCUUUUGCAAUGCAUAAGAUUUCGUCUAUCUUUCCAACGCCAGCCAAGCCUACUCGAAGGCAGGGGAGUGGGGAAAAGCGAAGGAAAAAGCGGAGUUGGGCCUGGAAUUGGUGUCGAAGCAGGAGAUGGACGCGAUCGCAUCAAACAAAGGCGGAAUGAACAAGUCACAAAGGCUGCAGAAAUUCGGUAUUAAAUUCAAAAUGCUCUUUCUAUUUCCCUGCUACACAAGCCGUUGUGUUUUACUUUUACCGAAACAGAACAAGAACUUGUGCUGCAGAAUCUUCCAAGAGAGAGCACCUAUGUCAUGCAAGAAUUAUGCAAUCAUGUAAACUCAACCAGGUUUGCCGAAGAAGAAGCUUCUUUCUCGGCUAGGUCUCGCGCAGGUCCGGCUUGGAACGCACAAAGCCGCUGCGGAAAAUUUGAACCAGGCACUCUCUAUCAAAUGCAAAUUCGUCUGGGUCUGGAAGAGUCAUGCUGCUUUUGCAUGACACAGAAGGUCUGGCAUGGAAGCUCUUGCUCUAGCAUCACAGGUUUCGAGAAGCUUCCGCAAUGCCGAACCCGCACGACAAAUGCCCCACUUUGGUGAGAAAAUGCGGACAGCUCUUGCUGCCUAUGCAUCGGAGAUUUUUUAUUUGCGUUCUUGUGUAAUGCGCAUCACAAGUUUGCACUCUUCCAGACCCAGACAUAUUUGCAAUGCAUACUUUCCCUCUCCGUCCAACUCGACAAGCUACGGGAAAAAUCCACCGUUACGACGAAAAGCAAGGCCGUCAGUGAGCACGAGUCCUUCUGUCAGGAAGUUUGGGAAAUCUGCAAGGAGAUCCCGCGCGGUACCUUGCCGGAGGACCACGAAUGGGCGGUUACUACGGGCCAGCUAGAGAAGAUUCACAAGCCGGAUUACAGCCAGAUGGAGCACCGCAUCUGUGGCGUGUGGGAGUACGGCGUGGCGAAGGCAAAACCCGGCGAGCCCAACCCAGCCCAGCAGAAGAAGAACCAGAAAGUUGAAGUGAAGAAGAACCAGUUUAAAAUCGAGAUGGUUCCGGACCUUCUCACCGGAAAGGCGAUCAAACUUCUUUACCGUAUCCAGGAAAAAAACUGUGUAAGUGUAACUGUGUAGGAAGAGCAGCAUCACAAAUUCGCUUUGCAUGAUUACAGGGAAAACCUGUCAUGCGCAGCUAGUACGUGGAAGCACUUAUGAACAAAGUAGCCGAUGACGCAGAUCCAGGAUGACAACCGUAACAGUUUUGCACUUUCUGCAUUACACGUAGUUUUUUUCUUGCAUAUACCGCGAAGACGAAGUAACGGUCGAACUGAUGCAGGACUACUUGUUAUCGAAAGGAAAAAUCCCCCCUCCCCAUAUCGAAAACGAAAUUUGUGAUGCUGUAUUUGAGGUCACAAAUCGACUUGUCAUGCUAGAAGGCCAAGAGCCGCAGUCGUGGCCUCGUUUGCAGGCAAUUUGUCAUGCUGUUUCCCACUCUCAGCUGCCUCCUAUCAUGCUGAAGAUGCAAGGCUUCCCCACGCCACCCAGCACUACAGUCCGCAUCUUUUCCCGUGUAGCAUAACAACGCUGAUUUGUGACAACAAAUCUGCAUCACAGAUUUCCGUUUUGAUAUGGGGAGGGGAGAUUUUUCCUUUUGAUACUUGUGUCAGUGGCACGGAGACUUCGAGCUCAUCCCCGGCAUGCUGUUAAAAGUGGAGUUCGAACUAUCAAAUGCAAAUCUGUCUAGGUGGUCUGGAAAAGUGCAACGUUUGUCAUGCACGUUUUGCAUGACGCGUGACGUGAGGUCCGUGAUGCGCCAUGCCCUAGCAUCACAGAUUCUGUGAGAUCUUUUCCAUGCCUUUUCCACAUGAGAAGCUGCCUCUCGGCCUUCUCAAAAGUGAAGAGCUUUAUUGGUAAUCUUCAUGCAGCACGACAGAUUUUUGUAUGAUUCAGAUUUAGCAUGACAAGUUGUACUUUCCCAGACCUUGACAUAUUUGCAAUGCAUUCAAACCAUCCAUGGACCAACUCACCGUCGCGUUUGUGCCGCCACCCGAGGAAGAAAUGACUGACGAAUUUCGGGAAAAAUUUGGCACCAUGGGCAUCCAAAAGUUCACAGCUACGAGGGGCAAAAAAGAGGACAACAAAGACGCGAAAAAAGGAGAAGAAAUAAAAGCCGGUAACACUAGUACAUCAUCCUCUGAAGCAGGUAGUGCGAGUGCGUCGUCAAAUAGUGCCACUACAGCAUCCUCUACAACUUCUGCGUCGUCACAGCGCCCGGGAGGUGCAGGUGGUACUGGAACUGGUACUAUCAGUAGCGGAAAUGAAUCUGCCGGUAGCUGCAGUACAACAGCGUCAUCAUCUUCUCGCGCUCCCGUUGCAGCUUCCGUCCCUCGUUUUUGCGUGCACACCUGCAAAGCCCAACCUUCUCUAGUUGGUGAGUACGAAAUUUGUGUAGCGGCGAACGACAGUACAACCGAUAAGGAACUUCAGGCCGCGCUGAGGAACACCGGCGUGGCACUCUGCUACAGGAAGAAGCAACUAGCGGGCCAAGGUCUAGACGGCGCGAAUCUUCUAUCCACAGUAAAUUUCCCGUACACGUACAAAUGAAACCAACGCGGUCUCCGCAUGAGCAUGACAAAACUUGGCUUCGAUCCUAGUUUCGCAUGACAAGUUUUACAAUCCAAAUUGGUGAAAUUUGUGAUGCAUCUUGUACAUGUACGGGAAAUUUGUAUUGCAUAUCUUCAAAAGCCCGUCUUCGCGUGGCAGCGGUCCGGCCAAUGGGUCUUCACGAACAAAAUCGACAAGAGCCCGUUUAAAGCGCCGUUUUUACUGCGGUGCGCCAACGCGAAGGGCCCGAGUCCCGUGGAGCUGAAACCCAGGCCGGUCUGGUUCGCGGCUACGAAGAAAGCCGGGCAGGAAGAAAUGGAUAAGACCGUGGAAAUUUCCACGAACAGUUUGAUGCAGUCGUGUGCUGCAGAAGAUGUUGGCACUGUAAAUCUUCUUCGAGCUGAAAGUGAGCAGCAAAGGUCCUCUGAACAAGGAGACGACCAGCUUCAAGAACAGGCGAAGAGCCCCGCAGGACGACCACUAAAGCAUCAAGGGGCGGCGGACACAGAAGGAGACACGAAAAGCUCGCGCGAGGGAGAAAUGCUCGCAGGUGAAAAUGAAGCAGAAGGUCAUCUUCACGCUCCGCGGGGACAAGCAGCUGCAGCAGCAACGGGAGGACGACUAUCCGCAGCUUCAUCAACAUCGUCCUCGAGCAGGGAAGCAGAGGGAAGAAAGCGAGAAAAUUCGAUAUUUGUUCCACACGCCCUGUACAUCGAAACCUCCGGUUCAUUGUCCUUUUGCAGCAGCUGUAAUACCUCUUCAAACAGUGGCCGAAAUGAUCAACAAUCGGAGCUUGAUGCGUCUGAAGCAAGCAGGGUCCCCGUCGACCUCCUGUUGAGCAAUGAUAAUGAUGUUUCGGGAUUCUACGCGUUGUCAGCUGCAAGUCGAAAGAAGUUGCCAAACGAGGAAAGUUAUGUUUUCUACCAGCACACCACAAAGCCGCACUUGCGGUUUGUGAUACGGGAAGAAGUGCAAGAAGAUAAACUCCGGGAGUUUACCAUCGUAGAUCACGAUCGCGGGGGUCUCGUGUUGGCGCGGUGGAAGGACUUUGGCGACACCAAAACCAGAAGUAGGGGUAAUGGUACAUCAGCAGCACCAGCAGUGGAGGGACAAGCAGGCGGGGACGAUGCUGAACAAGACGUUUUUGACGUACCGCUGCCAUGGAUAACACUUUGCACUGCAACUGGUGCUGCAAAGAACACCAAUACCGUUCUUGGCCGAGGAUCAUAUAGUGCUUCUUCUUCUUCUACUUCUUCUUCUUCUUCCGACUGGGCCUGGGAGCGGGAAAAGAAUCCGGAAAAGCACCACACGAAGCUUUCCUACACCGAUAUAACCUGCUCAGCUGUCACAAUCGCGAAUCGGUUGCCAUGAUGGACAUCUCUCCUGAUGCAAAAAGUGCAUCAGCUAGUCCAAUAUCACAAGAAGAUUACGCGGCAUGACAAGUUCCUUCUCCCAAACCUGAUGUUUAGGGAAUCUGGCCAAAUUUGUAUAUACGAAAAGCACAAGACUGCUCGGAAUGUUCCCCAUGCUGUCUAUGCAACACAGAUUCCAGCAGAUUCUAAGGUAAGAACCGAUUUGAGGUAGUGACAGUUAAGCGGGUCAUAACCGAGUCCCGGAUUAUGGAGCGCGACCGGAAAAUGCGAGUCAUAAUGUGUCCUUCGUUUUUGGGAGGCGUAGACGGGUCCUCGCCGGGAAAGCUGGAGUUCAAACAUGCUUCGGAUCAGGAGGAUGAUGGGUCGACGUCUACUGUUGCUACUGCUGGUGCGCCGGUGCAAGCGAUGAGUACCAGGACAAGCAACAAACUAGUUCCAGUGCUCGAGCUUUGGGGAGUGCCUCCUGCGUCCGCAAUAGAGUCGGCGGAUGGUCAGCCUCAACCUCUUGCUAGUGGAAAGAGAAAUCAAGAAGGCAAAUCCAGCGACAUCGACGGUAUAAUGGAAGCGGAUAAAAAAGUAGAACUUGAACAACAGAAUCGGGAAGUAGUUGAUGUGGAGACGAUCCAGCCAAGUCCGCCCGAAAGAGAAGUCGUUCAACUGAAGCAUUGCGAGGUGGAUUAUUCACAAGAAAAGAUCCAUUGUCCCCAUCUUUCAAUUUGUCAUGCAAACCAUGCACAAAGAAAGCGCUUCGCUUGCCCUCCAAAAAAAGGAUAAAGGAAGGAUGAUUUUUUUUCUGUGGAUAUGGAUCUGAAUGAAGCUGAAAUCACCGUGGCUUACAAGACCGAGGCGUUUCGGGUAUGGGAUUCACCUCAAAUCAGUUACAUUGUCAACAACGAUUUGCCAUGCAAAAUUGCCGUCAGGCUCCAGCACACGAUGAAGCUGGCUAGCAUGACAAAUUCUGGAACGGAGGUACUUAAAAAGGAUCGCAUGGAAAGUAGAACUAUCCGUUCCUAAUCUGUAAUGCAAGAGACGCAAAAGAUCAAUGUGAUUGACGAGGAGGAGGACUCCAUAUCGGGUGCGAAACGUGUUUGGCAGUGCGGAGGUGAUAUCCUGUGCAAACUUUUUAUCGUACUCGUAGUUGUAAUCGCAAUCAUGCAUGGCAAAUCUCCAUCCCAAGGUAUUAAAUCAGCUUGACAAAUUCCAUUUGCCAUGAUGAGCUAAAAAUUUGUAUUGCAAUUACUACUCGUGCGAUGCUUUUGCAAUUCAUAGGUCAAGGUGAAAUACAACAAGAAGGGGAACAAGUUGGUGUUUACGUAUCCAAGAAAAAAACGUUGUUAGUGUAAAUUUGUGAUGCGCAACAUGCAAGAUGAUUGCGUCUGUCAAGCUUGGCAUGCGUCGUAGAGUCCAUUAAAGGGCGUUUUCACGUACUAUCUGCGUAUGAGAGGUUUUUGCUGUCAUGCCAGACAAAUUUGUAAUGCUGUUCCUCCAAAAAAGUUACACCUACAAUGUUUUUUUCUUGGAUAUUACGGCAUGAUCUUCGGGUGCUAGUACAACUACCGACAGAUGAAGAAGCGAAGAAGUAGUUUUACUUUGAUGUUGUCUUCACGUAUGUAUUUAUUUUUUGAAAAGGCGACCGAAGACUAUGACUACUUAGCAGUACCAGCAGUGGUGUUCUUCAGAAAGCAAAAAGGCGAAAAGAUGUUGAAAAAGAACAGCACUGAAAUUUUUCCAAAAACCAUUUUGCCAGGACGCAGAAAAAGAAAAGCGACGCCUGGAAAAGGAGAAUUUGGUGACUUGUUCCAAUCCAUCCCGCGAUUGAUCUCAGUGUAUAAUCUUUGACGUAGCACGACUAGCCUUCCUUGUCUCUUUGAUUCACUUUUUUAUUUAUUCG